AUAUUUGCGGAAUGCGGCGUAUUAUAAAUUUUAAAAUGAAUCAAGGGACAUGUUUAUUGUGUUUUUCUGUAGCAAAAGUAUUUAAUAUUAAAUAUACUCACUUGCAAAAUGUGUACGAAGAAUUAUCAGGCAUUGAGAUACAAGCCGACCCUCACCCGCUGUGUUACAUUUGCUACACAAAGCUUCUUCAGAGCCAGCAACUGUUGAAGCAAAUACAAGAAAAUAUUAGAGCUAGUCAGACUGACGCUAGACCUUUAAUACAACUGUCCAUGGUAGAAAAUUAUGCCUGGUCUCUGCCACAAAAUUCUGCAAAAAUCCAGUUGCACCCCGUCACUAUUAAGGAAGAAAAUAUUAAAGAAGAAUAUGUAGAGGGCACAGCUGUAGAAUUUGUGGAGAGUCCGGGUCGAGAAUCAAAAAGUCCAGCUAUAAAAGAAGAAUGUGCGGAAAGUCCAAGUCAUUACGAAGCCGAAAGUACUGGAGAGUCAGCGUACGAGCAUAUUCCCACGGAGCCGACACAAGAUGACACAAAACUUUAUGACUAUAGCAAAAAAGAAGCAAAGAAGGAUACAACAGAAUCUUCAUGUAAUCCUGAACCACAGACAAAAAUUGAAAUCAAGAAAUUUGCAACGAUGUUCAUAUGUGAAACUUGUAGUAAACAGUUUACUUCAACAAAGGCACUGAAACUGCACAUAAGGUUGCACACAGAAGAGAAAAAAUUCACCUGCGACGUCUGUAGUAAAAAGUUCUUUGCUCUCUAUAAUUUGAAACGACAUGUCAUUAUACAUAGUGAGAAGAAACAUAGCUGUGAAGUGUGUAAUAAACUGUUCACAACACCUGCCACAUUGAAACGUCAUAGACAGGUGCAUACGGAUCCGAAUCAGUACACCUGCGAAGUGUGUAAUAAAUCCUUUACUACGGACAUAUAUUUGAGAACACACAUGCUUAUUCAUACGGGCGAAAAGCCGUACGUUUGUAGUUUUUGUAGUAAAUGCUUUACUACGUCCACUUACUUGAGAACGCACAUCAUAAGUCAUUCCGAAGAAAAACGGUACACAUGCGACGUUUGUAAUAAAAAAUUCGCGAGAGCAAGAUAUCUAAAGCGACACACACUAAUGCAUUCGGGCAUCAAAAAAUACGCGUGCGAUGUCUGCGACAAACGUUUCAAACUCGGCUGCCAUUUGAAAAUGCACAAACGUACACACACAGGCGAGAAACCGUACAAUUGUGACGUUUGUAAUAAAAGAUAUCGGACAAUAUAUAGCUUGAAAAACCAUAAGGCUAAACAUGAGAGGGAAAGACCUAACUUUUGUGACGUUUGUGGGGUGACUCAUGAUUAGAGUGAAGUCACUGUAUAUAGUAAUCGUAAGGGGGUAUUAUAUUAUCAUUUAUAUUGGAUCAU